AUGGCGAUGAAAACCGGCGACGAUCGACAGAAUACAAACAACUCAAAGAAGAUUCUGCUGACGUCACUGUCAGCAAUGGUCGCGGAAACUUCCACGUUUCCGAUCGAUCUCGUUAAAACCCGGCUGCAGCUCCACGGUGAGUCUCUCUCCAACUCGCGGAUCCGCCCCACCAACGCCUUCAAAGUCGCCGCCGGAAUCCUCCGCAACGACGGGAUUUUGGGUUUAUACAGUGGUUUGUCCCCUGCUAUUAUGAGGCACCUUUUUUACACUCCGAUUCGGAUUGUGGGUUAUGAGCAUUUGAGGACCCAAUUUGUGGAUUCAGACCAUCAUCCACUUCCUUUGUAUUCAAAGGCAGUAAUUGGUGGAACUUCUGGCGCCAUAGCUCAGGUGGUGGCUAGUCCUGCAGACUUGAUAAAAGUGAGAAUGCAAGCAGAUAGACGAAUGGUUGACCAUGGUAUCAAGACCAGGUACUCAGGACCUUUUGAUGCCUUAAAUAAGAUUAUAUCAAAUGAAGGGCUUGGAGGACUUUGGAGAGGGGUCAUUCCAAAUGUGCAAAGAGCAUUUUUGGUCAAUAUGGGAGAAUUAGCUUGUUAUGAUCAUGCCAAACAUUUUGUUAUUGAAAACAAGAUUGCCGAAGAUAAUAUUUACGCGCAUACUUUAUCUUCGAUAAUGUCUGGACUUUCCGCAACUGCCUUGAGUUGUCCGGCAGACGUAGUUAAGACGAGAAUGAUGAACGAGGCAGGCAGAGUGGAAGGGCAGAUUAGAUACAGAAACUCUAUUGACUGUCUUGUAAAGACUGUUAGAAUUGAAGGAAUUAGGGCACUCUGGAAAGGAUUCUUCCCUACUUGGGCAAGGCUGGGUCCUUGGCAAUUUGUGUUUUGGGUAUCCUACGAGAAAUUUCGCCACAUUGCUGGGCUUUCCUCCUUUUAG